AUGGAAGAACCAUUAAUUUAGAAUGAAGAAAUAGAAUCAAACAUUCCAAAUGAAAAAGUCAUGACCAGAUUAAUUAAAGGUGAGUUUAGAUUUGAGAGAAGACAAUAUAUAUUUUUAAAUGUAAAUACUGUCAAUUUAGUAAUAUAAAGAAUAAAGUAAUUAGGUAUUAACCAUAUAUAACUUGAUUGGUCCUAUAAAUAUAGAAGCAUAGAAAUCAUUAAUAUUUUAUGAAGAUACUAGAGUGCCUUUAAAUGAUUAAGACUUUACUUUGAUGAAUUUAUUGAAUGCUUUGAUUGUUGUUCAUUUAUUAAGAAUUUUCACUUGUUUAUUAGGUUUUUUUAGUGUUUCAUAGGUAUUGAAUUAUAUUCAAAAUAUAUAUAGAAAUCAGGUUAAAUAAUGACUUAUUUUAUGAUAAUGUCAACAGUAUGUGUUCUAUGUAGAGGAAUAAUAUCCUUAUUAAUUGUGUUAAAUUAUACAGCAAUAAAAGAUACUUGUAAUUUGAUUUUUGGAGGAGGAACUGAUGAUAUAGGAACAUUAAUGGCAAUGUAAUUUUUAGUUGUUCUUGUACUCUUUGUUAUUGCAGAAAUCUUGCUUGCUUUAAUCUCCUUAAUUUAAUGUUCAAAAACUAAAGAAGAAUAUAGAAGUAUAUAUAAUUUUAUAGUAUGUUAGUUUGGAUUAAACAUAAAGAGAAAAUGAUGAAGAAUUAUGAAUUGUGUUAUGAAGUAGCGAUUUGUUAAUUAGAUGAAUGA